AUGGCGACGCAGCUGCAGCAGUCCGAAUCGCCAUGCGAGCGCUCGGUGCAUUGCAACUCGAUGUGCCGGGAAACCGGAUUCAGGCAAAGAUGCAGACUCGCACGUUUUGGCUCGCAGUCAGUCAGUCAAUCGGACUCCAAUAUCUCCGCCACUGCCUUCGCAAGCAUGAAGGCCGCUGAGACCAUGGCUAUGGCAUACAAGCCUGAGGUUGGAGUGGAGAUGCCGGACAAGCGUAUGAUGAAGCAGGGCUUGGCGGACUGUGGCCCAUCCAAGCACAAUGGAGAGGCGCCGCGCCAUCCAGUUGAGCGUCUUCUCAUAGAUCAUACCCGGCGUGAACAGCAUGAGGAAAUGAUGAGCAAAGCCUUGGUCUAUGGCCAGCACGCGCCUCUCCGCGCCAAAAUGGAACGUGAGCUGCUGUCACAGUUUCAGCGCCUUCCUGGCCUACCAUCCUCUCUGGUGGGCUUGGAGACUGUCCUAGACAUGGACGAGACCAUCGAGUUCGAAGACAUCAUGAACCUCGAGGCCAACUCCGCCAUGUCGCGCUUUACCGGGCCCAACAGGCAAGGCGGAGUGGUGCACCCCAGCGACGACAUCUACAGUGCAAGGAGCACCUACUUUGGAGUGGUGCUGUGGCUGGGCAAGUUGAUGUGCCUGCGCAGGUUGGCACUGUCCUGUGUGACCAUCCUGUAUUUCUCCGCAUAUGCCGCUCUGGCGAUUGUGCAUGCCUUCAACAAGGCACGAAAUGCCGGAUCUGGUGCCAUGGAGAAGGCCCUAGAGUCUGCUGUGAUGGGCGUAUGCUUCGCGCCCAUGUUGUGUGUCCUGUUCCUGUCUGUGUACAAAAGAGCAGACCUUCUCAGCCAAGGCGAGCCCUACAGGUUUAGUCUUCCACCAACAUAUGUGCGAGUUGCAAUGACCUGCGCCGUGAUAGCCUUCGCCGCACAGAUGGUCCGACCUGAGACAAAUUUUCGGGCGCUCAGAUUUACACACGGGUUCUUGAACAUAGUUUAG